AUGGGCUCUUAUAACGCUGACCACGACGAGAUUGAAACAAGGCCUCAGCGUGAAGAUGGGGGACCUUCAGCACACAAGAUUGGAGAGGAAGUCCUUGAUGCUCGUAUCCACGACGACCAUGGCGAUGCCCACAAGGCUGCACUCGAGGACGCCGAUGCUGACGGUCAUGUUGCGGCAUCUACUUGGGCUGCAGUGUUUUUUCUGGGAUUCACUUUCAUACCGGCAUUGAGUUUUACCCUCAACUCGUUUGUACCUGUUGCAUCUGUGGUGGCAUUGCAAUUGCAAGACAACCUCCAUAAUCUGAAUUGGAUUUCGGGUGGUUUUUCUCUUGGAGGUAGUGUCGCUUUUGCAAUUGCAGGCCAAUUAAGCGACUACUUGGGCCGAAAGGACAUUAUUCUCGGUGGCCAAACAUUUCUCCUCGUUGGCCACCUCGUUGGCGCUACUGCCCAGACUUUGGAUCAAGUCAUUGCUGCCAUGGUGCUACUUGGGCUUGGAACUGGUGCAACUUUUGUUACCUACGCGGGAAUCUCAGAGAUCUUACCCCAUAAGUGGCGAGCGUUUGGUCUCGCCACCACCGAGGUUUUCCUCAUGGCAUUGGGUACUUUUGGGCCUUUGACUGGUCGCGGAUUAACACAGAACGUGACAUGGAGAUGGCUUUUUAUACUCGGCGACAUCACUGCGGUUAUUGCUAUGGCAGGGACUUUGAUUUUCUAUCACCCUCCUUCUCAGGUUUUUCAGGAUCGCACAAAGCUUCAAGUCUUAGGCGAGCUGGACUACUUCGGCCUUUUCCUCUACACGGCAGGGGUUACACUAUUUCUUCUCGGCAUCGGCUGGGCCACACAACCAUAUGCUUGGACGAGUGCAGCUGUUCUUGCACCACUUCUGAUCGGCAUCGUUCUGUUCCUUGCUGCUUUUGCUUGGAGCUUCUCCGGCCGACCAGGCAGGCCACUUCUACCAUUGCGAUUGUUCAAACAGUGGAGGGCAUACACUAUCAUCGCCAUCAUCGGGUUUACCUCAGGCCUUGCACAUAUUGCGCUGGUCACGUUCGUGCCGCAGCAAAUUGCUUAUGUCUUCACUAGCGACCCCAUUCUCGCUGGUUGGUACAAUGUUCCCGUUGGAUUUGGCGCAUGUAUUGGGGGUGUUCUGCUUGGGCCUCUCAUCCCUCGAAUCAAGCACGUUCCUCUUCAAUUUCUGGCUGCCAAUGCUAUCCAAGCCGUUUCAUGUGGUCUUUUGGCCAUUGUAACUCCCAGACGUAUUGCGGGCGGCAUAGUCAUUCAAGCCAUAUCGAAUCUUCCCUUCACAUGGAUCAUCGUCUUGAGCUAUACGAGUGUGGGUCUACAUGUUCCUCAACGGGAGCUUGGCCUCGCAUAUGGUUUGCUUGGGGCAAUUCGAUACCUUGGAGGUGCAGUCAGCAGCACUAUUUUCAACACUAUUCUUAGUGCUAAGGUCGGCCACUACCUCCCGACAAGGGUCGCAAGUGCGGUUGUACCACUUGGAUACCCGGUAAAGGACAUUGAGAAGUUGAUACAAGCUCUGUCGUCUCAUGUACCUGCAAGGCUAGCGGCAUUUCCUCCUGACGUGGUCGCUGCCGCAGCCGAUGCAAUGCGCUGGGGGUAUAGUGAUGCGUUCAACUGGAUUUGGUAUGCCGCAAUUCCAUUUUUUGUCGUGGCUUGCUCCAUAUCUCCAUUUGUCUUGGACCCUUCACCCUACUUUACAAACCACACCGCUGUUGCGUCUACCGAUGAGAGCAUUGUCAGUCGACUUACGCGAAACCGUCGCAAGGCUGAGAGGUCCCUCGAUAUUGAGAAGGAAGUUCGUGUUGAACAAAGAGAAUGA